AGAUAAGCUAGUACAUAAAUUCUCUUUGCAAAGGUAUGUUAUUUCAGAAGAGUCCAACUAGCAGAAACAUGGCAUUUAACGGUACUUGGAAAAUAGAAAGAAAUGAAAACUAUGAAAAGUUCAUGGAGGCAAUGGGUGUUAACAUGAUGAAAAGAAAGUUAGGAGCUCAUGAUAAUUUGAAGAUCACUUUUCAACAAGAUGGGAAAAAAUUUACUCUCAAAGAAUCAAGCAACUUCCGUACCAUAGACAUUGAAUUCACACUGGGAGUCGAUUUUGAGUACAGUUUGGCUGAUGGGACUGAACUCGCUGGCUCUUGGAACAUGGAAGGAAACAAACUUGUAGGAACAUUUACUAGAAAAGAUAAUGGAAAAGUACUCAAAGCAAACAGAGAAAUCAUAGGUGACGAACUUGUUCAGACUUACAUAUAUGAAGGAGUUGAAGCCAAGAGAAUCUUCAAAAGAGCCUAAGAACUUCACCCAGACCAGCAUCAGAAAAAAAAAAAAAGACCAUCUUUCUAUAUAUCCUCUGCCUUUUUUUUUUUUUAACUUUUAUCCCCUCACAGCACCUCUUAAGCUGCAAUUACUUAUCCCUGUUGAAAACACAGGCUAGUUCUUUAUGUUUAUUGUUUUGCCUUGAAUAAACAAAAUCUAAUUAUAAUUUGA